AUGCCAUCAAGAGAUGAUAUGGAUCUAGAGGAUUAUGACCUUUCGCCUCGUCAAGAAGAACUACAGACGCUCGAGUCCAUUUACGGAGACCAGAUAAGUAUUGAAUAUGACAAAAAUUCAGGCGUCAUGACUAUACCUUUGGAAACAGACCGAAGCCUACUAGUGAACUUGCAAGACUCAUCCGGAGAAAAGACAAUACAAUCAAAGAGAAUAAAGCACUUGCCGCCUUUAAAACUACGAUUCCAGCUCCCCGAAACAUACCCCUAUGAGUCGGCUCCGAAGCUUAGCAUAGAAUGCAGGGUAAUCGAUGAAGACCGUCUUCAAGAGAUGAGACUAGAGAUCGAGCAGCAGUGGGCUCUCACGAAAGACCAGGUGCUAUUCACAAUUAUAGACAUUCUUCAGGAAAGCGUGAAUGCAAACCUCGAUCUGCUCGUGGGUUACUCGGUACAGUGUGGUUCGGACGCACCUUUCUAUGAGCUGCUUAUAGAGCACGAUAACCAGUGCAACCAGAAAAGGUUCAACGACACUACUUUCACCUGUGAGAUCUGCCAGGCCGACGUCAAGGGAGAGGCUUGUCUGCAAUUCAACCUGUGUGGUCACACAUUUUGCAACGGCUGCCUUCGAAACUUCUUCGUCUCUCUCAUCAAAGGUGGUGAUGUUGAAAAGGUUCAUUGCCCUGAUUUCAAUUGUUCAAAGAGUUUCCUAGAAACAAGAGAGCGCUACCUUCGCUUGGACACACUUACCGAUGCCUCCUUUGACUUCAACCAGUUCCGUACAAGGCUAAUGACACCGUUCAUCAAGCUUUCUCUAGUUCACGAAAUCCUUGGCUACGACAAAGAGGGCAUGGAGCUUUAUGAGCGGUUUAUCACGCUUUUCAGAGAUCAUCAGCAUACACUUAUUGCCAAAAUGUUCCCGACACGCUUGGUCUCGUGUCCCAGAAGCAAAUGCCCGGCUAUGAUAUUUCGAGAGGAUAUGACCAGCCGGCUUGUCAUUUGCCGUGACUGUAACUACGCAUUUUGUAACACCUGCCGCAAGUCAUACCAUAGUGACAGCAUUGACUGUGCGAAGGUGAAUGAUGGCAAGCAAUACCAAGGUGUUCCGAUAGAGGCACUUGAGACCUGGUUGGAAUCAGAUCCAAAGUCGAAAGAGAGAAACGACAUUCGUUGCAGAUACGGUUUUGAUCUCAUGACAAAGGUGUCACAAGAAUACAAAAUGGACAAGCUUUUCAGUGAGCUUCUUGCUGACGAAAGUCAAGGUUUCAGAAAGUGUCCUACUUGCGACUUGAUCAUUCAGAGAUCCGAUGGCUGCAACAAAAUGCGGUGUUCCUCAUGCUACACAUUUUUCUGCAAUGUUUGUGGAGUUUACUUAGAGCCAAAUUCCCCUUAUGAUCAUUUUAAAGAUAUCUCAAGUCCAUGCUUUGGAAAAUUAUUCGAAGGUAUGCCUGGUAUGGAGAACAUCCACGAUUGA